AUGUCACUCCCUCAAAGUCGGAAGCCCUCUGCAGGUCAGCACAGGCGGUCAGUGGCCACUAGCAGUGGGCGCCAUUCCUAUAGCGAUGCCUCCAAUACCAACACUUACCCCACCAACACUUACCCCGGCAGGGCUAGUGAGGGCAGUCCUACAGCCCGGACAUAUCCUGGCACACCCAGGCAUCAGGUGAAGCAUGCAACCUGCAGUGAUAACCAUGGGAUUUGGCCCCCCACACCAGAGCAGUACCUCACCCCGCUGCAGCAGAAGGAGGUGUGUAUCAGACACCUGCGAGCCAGGCUGAGGGAGAAUGUCCAGACGCUGCAGCACAGGGACAGUGAGAUAGCUGAGAUGAAGACCCAGCUGUGUCGGAUGCAGGAGGACUGGAUAGUGGAGGAGUGUCACCGUGUGGAGGCCCAGCUGGCUCUGAAGCAGGCGCGCAGGGAGAUCCAGCACUUACACGAGGUCGUGGAGACAGUACGAUCAAACCUCGGCACCCCAGAAAAAGCCCCCUACGGACAAAAGCCAUACCUCUCACCGCAGGGACCCCGGACAGCAAGGUCCCGCUCCUGUGGGUGCUCCCCAGCCAGCACCCUGAGCCGCAGCACCACCUACACCCGGCUGAGCAGUGAGGCCCUGCAUGUGGACCGCAAUGGAAACGCCCCAGGGCCUGACCCGCGUGCAGCGGCACGGGCAGAAAGGGGGCGGACCCACCUGCAUCUGGAGGCGGCCCUUCUGUCAGAGCAGCAAACCCCGUCUGGCCCCGCCCUGAUCCACGGCCCCUCCUCCUCUACCAUGCCACGCUCCUCCACCUACGAGAGGCUGUGCAGUGGAGGGGCUUUGCUGCCAGUCUCCCACUCCUGCCACUCCCUGAAUAACAGCUGCAGGUGCAGCGGACACACCUACCUCCCUCAUCACCACCUCUUCCUUCACCUCCCCCAGGAGGAGCCCCCGGCUGCAUUGGCAGCGGUUGCUGUUGUCCCCGUGAGGGAGGCGAAACCGGAGGUCCGAUCCCAGGCCUGCAGCCCCACCAUGACCUGGCUCUCCUACAACCUAGAGCCGCUGCCUCCAGAUGGCCAUGUGGAGAUGACAAUGAUGCCAACAGUGGCCCAAACCUGCGAGCCCAAGCCUGGGCCACUGUUGUCACCAGAGAGGCAAGGAGGCGCGACAGUGGUGGAGGAUGAAGAGAAGGGUGAAGCUGUUGAAGUUGAAGGUGAAAACAUUGUGGGAGGGGAAGAGGGGGAGGACGGGGCUCCCCAGCGGAACUUCUGGAGCCGAUACUUACUGGUGGACCUGUUGGCGGUGGCAAUGCCGGUGGUGCCGACGGUGGCCUGGCUGUGCCAUGGGGCCUCGCGGGAGGUCAUGCCUGCGUACCACAUCGGUUCUCUGCUACGGGGCUGCUGCGCUGUGGCCCUUCAAUCUCUGCGACGCUCGGGACGUGGCAGUGGCCGUGCCCCCACAAGCAUGAAUGGGGCGACCAAUAUCUGA